UUAAGAAUUCACUGUAAAUUUAAGUUUUUAUUUAUUUCAUUAGUAAUACUCAGUCAUUUAGUCAUGCUGCAAGCAGAAUCUUCACCGUACAUAUUCAGUGUGCUAUAUGAUAUUAUAUUCCAGGCACCAACAUAUGUCAUUUUUUUGGAAUUGUCUCUUCUUCUUCUCGUCAUUUGGAUAAUCAUACAUAAGCAAUCAAAUGGAGGAAAGCAUUUAACACAGAAACAGAAAGAAGAAAUUAUCAAAAAUUGGGUUUCGGAACCUUUGGUCGCUGAAAUUGAUGAGAAUCAUCCGGCACUUCAGAAUAAUCACAUCGUAGAUGGUCCAAUUGGAAAAUUCAUAACUGUAGAUGGAAUAAAGUGCUUAAAUAUGGCAACACACAACUAUUUGGGUCUUGAGGAAUAUCCAAAGAUAAAAGAGAAUGCAAUUAAUUGCAUACAUAAAUACGGUGUUGGAAGUUGUGGACCAAGAGGCUUUUACGGCACCGUCGAUGUUCAUUUAGAGUUAGAAGAGAGAUUAGCGAAAUUUAUGGAUCAAGAGGAAGCUGUCGUUUAUUCCUAUGCAUUUUCAACUGUCGCUAGUGCCAUUCCAGCCUAUUGUAAGCGUACUGAUAUAAUUUUCGCUGAUGAAUGCAUUAAUUUUGCCAUCCAAAAAGGCAUUGAUGCAUCUCGCAGUAAGGUCGUUUAUUUUAAACACAAUGACAUGAGAGAUUUAGAAAAGAAGCUACAAGAGCAGGCAAAAGCUGACCAAAAAAAUCCCAAAAAGGCUGCAAAAACUCGUCGAUUUUUAAUUGUUGAAGGAAUUUACAUGAAUACGGGUGAAAUGUGUCCAUUGAGGGAAUUAGUCGAGUUGCGCGCAAAGUAUAAACUUCGAUUAUUCCUCGACGAAACAGUCUCAUUUGGAACAAUUGGAAAAUCCGGUCAUGGCAUUACGGAACUCUUGUGUGUGGAUAUAAAAGAAGUGGAUUUAAUUUCAGCAUCACUCGAAAAUGCGGUUGAAUCAAUCGGAGGCUUUUGUGUGGGAUCUCAUUUUAUUGUCGAACAUCAACGCUUAUCUGGACUUGGAUAUUGCUUUUCAGCAUCUCAACCUCCGCUAUUAACCCAAGCUGCCAUUUCCGCACUUGAUAUUUUCGAACAAGAGCCACGAAUUUUUGAGCAAUUGAAUGAUGUUGCGGAGAAAGUUGAUGAACAAUUUCGGUAUUUUACGAAACUUGAGUUAAAAGGACAUCCAUUAUCGCCUGUUAAACAUUUAUAUUUGAAGCAUGUUGAUGAUUUGGAAGAGAGUGAGAAGAUAUUGAGGAAGAUUGCUGAUGAGUGCAUGAAGAAAGGCUUGGCAGUUGUUGCAGCCGAAUAUUUACCAAUUGAGAAAUUCCCACCAAAGAGAAGCUUAAGAAUAACUGUAAAUCGACUCUUAACAGCCGAUGACAUCUCGAAUGCAUACAAAAUUAUAGAAGAAGUCUCAAAAAGUAUCGCUUAAACCUGAA